AUGGCUGAUUAUUCAACCAGUUUACUUAUCUCAGACGCGAAAAUUAAAAUGUAUGUGUCAUAUGUGGUGUACAUUUGUCUUUUAUUGCAUCCGUCAUUAGCACAAACCUGGAUGCAAGCUGGUUACUGGUCUUCAGGUAGUGAAUUCCCCAUUUCUGAUAUAAAGUCUGCUCUCUUUACUCACCUUAUUUGCGCCUUUGCAAACCUGAAUUCCUCCUCCUAUCAGCUCCCUAUUUCGUCUGAUGGUGAGCUAAACUUCUUCGUUUUCACUAACACUGUCAAACAGAAAAACCCAUCAAUAACCACGCUUCUAUCCGUAGGGGGUGAAAGUGCAAACCGUUCGAUCAUAGUUUCAAUGGUAAGCAAUUCCUACCACAGGAAAUCUUGCAUUGAUUCCUCAAUAAAAACAGCUAGGCUUUAUGGUUUCCAGGGCUUAGACUUUUGCUGGGUUUCAGCCAACACCAAUUCUGAUAUGAGCAAUAUGGCUCUUCUCUUUGAAGAAUGGCGAGCUGCAAUUGAUUCAGAGGCGAGAAAUUCUAGCCAGUCUGAGUUGAUAUUGACUGCAACAGUUCCAUACUCGCGGUAUUCACAGUCCUUAACUUAUCCAGUAGAUUCAUUGAAGAGAAACUUGAAUUGGUUACAUAUUUUGGUGUCUUCAUGGAUUAAUGGAGGAUUACCAGCCACUAAGUUGGUUUUGGGCUUGCCUUUCUAUGGCUAUUCAUGGACACUUGUGGACCCCAAGGAUAACACUAUUGGCGCACCAGCAUCAGGACCAGCUAAGUCCGAAGAUGGGGUUUGGUUGUUCAAGGACAUCAGGAAUUACAUCCAAAGAAAUGGAGCCAAUUCAGUGUAUAAUGGUACUUAUGUAGUGAAUUACUGCACUGUUGGAAAGACCUGGAAUGGUUUUGAUGAUGUUGAGGUUGUCAAAAUUAAAGUUUCCUAUGCCAAGGAAAAGAAGGUGCUGGGUUACUUUGUUUGGCAAGUUCCCUUUGAUGACAACUGGAUGCUUUCCCAAGCUGCAUCUGCUUCUGCCAACGCUGAUAAUCCACAAAAGAAAGGGCGGUUAUUACUGAUUAAUAUUUUGAUUCCAAUUGUUGUGCUCUUGCUUUUGGUUGGCGCGUUGGCAUACUACUUGUUAAGGGUAAAGAGAAAGAGAGAAGGUAAAACUUUCGAGUUGGAACUUAUCAGCAUCAUUGCCUAG